AUGUCCAUUCCUAAUUUUUUUUUCUUUCCACUUAUUGUUGCACUUCCACUUCUCUACUGGGCUUUCAACUUUCAAAAGCAAACAAAGCUAGUAUUUUAUGUCCAUGAUUAUUUAAGUGGGCAUGACACGUCUGCAAUAACUGUGGCAGGUAAAGAUGGGCCACAAACAAGUGUUCUUUCUUUUGGGACAAUGGUUGCAGUGGAUGAUCCAGUAACUGAAGGUCCAGAUCCUAUGUCCAAAUUAAUUGGUAGAGCCCAAGGCAUGUACAUAAAUUCACAAUUGGAUGGCAAAGGUCUACACUUGAUGUUUUCUGUUAUUUUCACUGAUGGGGAAUACAAAGGGAGUACUUUAGAGAUUCAAGGUGCUGAUCUUUUUGCAAUGAAGGAAAGGGAAUUUUCAAUUGUCUCUGGGACUGGCUAUUUUAGAUUUGUUAGAGGUUAUGGUAUAAUGACAACUCAGUUUAUUGAUAUUCCUAAUUUGAGAGCUAUUCUUAAGCUUGAUGUUACUGUCAACCAUUAUUGA